UCCUGGAUUUGCUUCGCAUCUGAACUCCCUGAGUCCCGAGCGAACCCAGCGAGAGCAAAUCCCUAACCCUAACCCUAGCUAGGAGGAUGAUUGAGGCGGAGGGGGGGGGCUUGCAGUCGAUGAUGGCGGCGGAGACGGAGACGGAGGUGGAGAUGGCGGAGGAGUGGAAGCUGGCGCGUGAGUCCGAGUGCCGUUUGCGCAAUUGCGAGUGCCGCUGGCGUUGUCUCUGCUCCCCCCGGAUCCCCCGCGUGGCCCCCGGGAUGGACUACUCUUCCACCCCCGCCGGUGCCGGUGGCGGCGCCGACCGGCCCGCCUGGUCGCUGCUCGUCGGCCUCAAGGACGGCGCCGUCCUACGGCUCAAACGCCUCCGCGUGGCGCGGUCCGGGCGGAUCCUCGGCCGGAGUGACGAUGCGCUCGAGGCUUUCCACGACAUCAAGACGCCGACUGGUCGCAGGUUCAACGCCAGCGCCGCCCUGGCUCCCGACGGCCGCUCGCUCUGCGUCCUGCGCCAGGAGGACGACGGUGCCGGCGAGCAACCCCAUGCCCUGCACCUAACUCUGCAGCAGCCCGAGACAGACACAUCUCCGGAGCAUCUUCCUUUGCCUCCGGAGAUUCAAGCAGGGAGGAGCCGUAACUGCAUGCCCAUCUCCGCCGCUGGCCACAUCUUUGCUCUGUGCCCCAUCGUGGAAUAUGGCGUCAAGUUUAGCCUCCUCAUGCGACCCCUGCAUCCGCUCCCCGAGGGCGGGGGCGGGGGCCAAUGGGAGCAGGUCGGCCAAGACAAACACGACAAGGACAGUUACCGAUGGUUGGGCGGCGGGUUCCUCCAGGGCUACGCCGUGCUCCCCGGCCCCCUCAUCCUCGUCUCCUUGAAGCAAGACCGCGGCUUCUUCACCGUCGCCCCUGGCUCCGGCUCCCGUGACUGGACCCCAGUGCUCACCGACGAAACAAGGCCGCGGCGAGACUACGCCCCUAUCGUCGGCCGCGGUGUCUACAUGGAGCAAGACAAUGCCAUCUACAUGCUCCGUGGCAACACCAUCUAUGCCUACAAGCUCAGCUACAUACACCAGGAUCAGGGUGAUGAUCAGGGGAGGGGGAGGCUCAGGCUGGAUCCGCCCAUCACCAUCGACUCUGUAUGUCCUUACAGUUCCGGUCAUGGGUGUGGCUUUCUCACCCGUCUCGAUGGUCGGCUCAUGUGCUCCGUGUGGAUCAGCCUGGCACCACGUCAACAAUUAGAAGAUUGCCGGUGUGACAACCUACAUGCCAUUGUCACCACCUUCAACCUCCAAGAUCCGGCUCAGGGGGGAAUAGAGGUGCUGCAUUCCUCUUUCCGCCAGGUAGACAUGGAACCCAAUCGCGCGAAUCCAGAGGACCAGGAAUUCUGCUUUCUACAGGAGUACGAGGACAAGGAUUGUCCGGUGCUGCUGCAACACCAACAAGGGCAAGAGAAGGAUCUAACCAGCUGUUCCCAGCUGCAACACGUCGACCAACCCUCCAAGAUGCUUGAUUGUUGCAGACGGUUUCUCGAAAUGAAAGACUAUCCACCCCUUUGCUUUUCCUGCGGCACCAAAGGUCACGUUGCCCGCGACUGCUCUCUCCCGCCACAGCAGCCCUUGCCGGCAAUGCCUCACCGCACGCUGGUUGGCCGUGCUUCAAUGCAACACCGGGUCCCUUUUGAAAGGCGUCCGGUUGCUACAACAACAAGUAUCAAUAAAGAUCUGUUUAUCAUCUGCCAAGCUGGCUCACAACUCGUCAUCUACCAUACAGGCGUCCUGGAUGAGACUUCACUGUUGCAAGGAGGAGGAGACGAUGGCAAGCCUCUCCAACCGUCGUGUUAUGUUGCAACAUAUGUUGGUGAUGAUGACUAUUGGCACUUUUUCCUUCACAGUGGCUCAAAAAUACGCGCCAUAUCGAGGGAAAAAGAUGGCAUGCUUGAGUUUAGUCUGAACAAGGACCGUACGAUGGCUACGGAUCGUCUACCUGUACGGCGGCUGCCAAGUGCUGAUACUUUUGUUUUGUUUAUCACAGUUUGUGGAGAGACCAUUGCCCUUACGGAUACUCUGAAAGUUUUCCAUCAGCCAAGGUUCAGUUAUGGAUCCAGCACGUGGCUGCUUUGCAAGACAGAUCAGUCGCAUGUUCUCCACAGGAAGGUUAUGAUAUCUGGAUAUGUAGCAGUGAAUGACGAUUCCUUUAUAGUCUGUGAUGCUCUCACAGGUUCCUGUCUUUUGUUUGACCUGGGUGCCAAGCAAUGGCGUGUUGUCAUGCCUUGGGCCGCAUUCGCAGAGGACCUGCCAAGGACUAGCCCUACAAAGUGCCCUUUAAAUGGUAGAUGUGUGUCUGUCGAUGGCUUUAUCUACACAUGCAGAGACGGAGGGCUUGCUGCUUAUCGGCUGCUUGAUAAAGAUCAUUCUGUGUAUCUCAGCGAGCCCAUCCUUUUGCCAUUCUCAUGGCUUGUGGAUGAUUGUGUGGGUGAGGACAUGUGCUUGGAUUAUGCUGGCAAAGAUGUGGACUCUGGUGCUAUUUUGUUUUACGUUGUGCAACUGCAAAGUGGGUAUCGUCCGCCCAGGCAUGAUGUACAGAUCACCAUUGUCCAGGUUAAGACUAAAGCAACAACCAGCAGCAAGAAAAGGGAACCAGUGCGAGUCGCCCCCGUGGACUGUGUCACGCGUUUCAUACAUCACGAGGAAGCCGUCGUCGAUGCCAGAUGCUGCUUUGCGCUCUAGCUCCAUCUUGUUUGUGAUGGAUGCAUGCAUGCAUGCAUGAGUUAUUAUUUAGUAUAUGUUCCCAGCAUGCAAUGUUUGUAACCUCUAACCUUGCUUGCAUGGCAUCUUUUGGAAGCUGCAACUAGUUGUAUAUUUUGGUGGUGUAUAACUUAUAUUUAUCUAGACUA